AUGGGACCUCCAAAUGACACAGUGGUGACUGAAUUCAUCUUGGUUGGGUUAUCUGAACACCCCCGAGCACAGGCUGUGUUCUUUUGGUUCCUCUUGGUGGUAUACCUCACAAGCUUUCUUGGGAAUGGCCUCAUCAUCAUAUUGAUAAUUGCAGACUCUCAUCUUCAUUCUCCUAUGUAUUUCUUUCUUUGUAUCCUCUCCUUGGUGGAUCUCAUUAUUUCCAACAAUGCACUUCCCGAAGUCAUGGCCAACUGCUUCUCUGACAGGGCCACCAUCUCCUUCUACAGAUGUUUGGUUCAGAUGUAUGUUGGUCUGUUGCUCGUUGUAAUAGAAUGUCUUCUUCUGGCUGUUAUGGCAUAUGACCGCUUUGCAGCGAUAUGCCAGCCGCUCCACUACAUGCAGAUCAUGAGCUGGAGGUUUUGUACCACUUUAGUAUCUUUAUGUGUGGUCCUUGCCUUACUGAAUACCUUGAUCAACAUAUUGUUGCAGCCAACGGACUUCUGUGGACACAAUAUCAUUAAUCAUUUUGCAUGUGAGUUACAAUCAUUCCUUAAACUGGCUUGCUCUGAUAUACGUGCAACUGAGCUCUACAUGCAAGUUACCAGCUUCUUUAUCCUAAUACCCCCCUUUGGCUUCAUCGUUGUAACUUAUGGGCGCAUAGGCUUAGCUGUCCUGCGCAUUCGUUCAACACAGGGUCGCAAGAAAGCUUUCUCCACCUGUAGUUCUCACCUCAUGGUGGUCAGUGUCUUUUAUAGUACAAUCAUGAUCAUGUACUUGAAACCCCAAGCGAAAUCUGCUUCAGAUCAAGAUAAAGCCAUAUCUUUAAUGUAUGGGGUCUUAACUCCCACGCUCAACCCCCUGAUCUACAGCUUGAGAAACAGAGAUGUGAAGGGAGCUUUCUGGCGACUGUUUGGAAGGAAAAUAUCAAAAUAA